GUGCGCCCGACGCUCCCGACUGACGUAAGCAGGGUGAAGUUGGAGGCUGGAGCUUCCCGGCUGGCUGUUAGGUUCCUAGCGCGUGGUAGAGCUCCUGAGUGAGUAAUACUGUAUCUAUUAUACUACCAGUUUACCUUACUAGCCAGAUGACUUUGGUUCCAAGAAUACCAGAGUCCUCUAGCCAUGUCCUGGCAGAGUUUGAGUCUUUGGAUCCAUUGCUGUCUGCUCUCAGGUUGGAUUCCAGUCGCCUGAAGUGCACAAGUAUAGAUGUGUCUCGAAAGUGGCUGGCCCUGGGCAGCUCAGGAGGAGGACUCAACCUCAUUCAAAAAGAAGGCUGGGAACAGAGACUUCUUCUUUCCCACAGGGAAGGUGCUGUUUCUCAGGUUGCCUGUUGUUUACAUGAUGACGACUAUGUUGCUGUAGCCACCAGUCAAGGUUUUGUAGUAGUUUGGGAAUUAAAUCAGGAGCGUCGUGGGAAACCAGAACGAAUUUAUGUAUCUUCAGAACACAAAGGACGGAGAGUUACAUCUCUCUGUUGGGACACAGCUGCUCUUAGAGUUUUUUCAGGAGACCAUUUGGGAAGAGUUUCUGCCAUCAAACUGAACACAUCCAAACAAGGAAAGGCAGCUGCUACCUUUAUGAUGUUCCCGGUUCAGACGAUAACAACAGUUGACUCUCGAAUAGUACAGUUAGAUUAUUUGGAUGGAAGAUUGCUUGUAUCUUCACUUACUCGAUCCUUCUUAUGUGAUACUGAGAGGGAAAAGUUUUGGAAAAUUGGUACUAAGGAGAGAGAUGGAGAAUAUGGAGCUUGUUUUUUCCCAGGAAGAAGCUCUGGGACUCAGCAGCCCCUCAUAUAUUGUGCUCGCCCUGGCUCUAGAAUGUGGGAGGUGAGCUUUGAAGGAGAAGUUCUGAGUACACACCAGUUCAAGAAACUUCUCUCCUCAUCACCUCUUCCUGUGAUUAAUCUAAGAUCAGAGCCUGAAUUUAAUAGUACAGUUGGUUCAUCUCAGUCUUUGACCUUUCCCAAACUCUUAUAUCUAAGUGAGCACUAUGUCUUGACUUGGAAUGAAAGAGGCAUUUAUAUUUUUAUUCCCCAGAAUGUUCAAGUUCUUCUUUGGAGUGAAGUCAAAGAUAUUCAGGAUGUGGCUGUUUGCAGGAACGAGCUGUUCUGUCUCCACAUGAAUGGAAAAGUCUCACAUUUGUCACUAUUGUCUGUGGAGCGCUGUGUGGAUCGCCUGCUUAGGAGAAGCCUGUGGGCUUUGGCUGCCCAUACUUGCCUUCUGUUCCAAAACUCCAUCGUCCUUGGCCGAGCAAGAAAAACUUUACCUGUUGACAAGUUAGAGCACUUGAAAUCACAACUGGAUAUCACAACCCACAGUGAUCUAAUUGCUCAACUGGAAGAAUUGAUUUCAAAAUUGGAACCUUUAGAUUCUGCCUGCAGCAGUAGGAGAAGCUCCAUUUCCUCACAUGAAAGUUUCAGUAUCUUAGACUCUGGCAUUUAUCGUGUCAUUAGUCGAAGAGGCAGCCAGUCAGAUGAAGACUCUUCUUCCCUUCAUAGCCAAACACUUUCAGAAGAUGAGAGACUUAAGGAAUUCACUGUACAGCAUGAAGAAGACCGCCCAGACCAGGACACUGUGUCUCAUGCUUCAGUGACAGAUGAGUCAGAUCGGAAUGAAGCUUUUCUUCCAUUUGGCAUUCCAUUAUCAUUUCGUUCUUCAUCUCCUCUCGCCUCUCUUCAGGCUGUCAAGGAAAGUGUUUCUAGUUUUGUGCGGAAAACUACUGAAAAGAUUGGCACACUUCAUUCAAGUCCUGAUUUGAAAAUGAGAACUGAACCCAGAGGUGAGCAGCCUCAUGAGGAGGAUGCUAACAUAAUGACCUGUCCCCAGGAAGAUGAAAAUGAGAGAGAUGUGAAAAGUCAGUCUUCAGAAGAAGAUAAGUUACAAGAACUCAAUGCAGCGACUACUGAGACAGUAUUGAAGCUUCAGGAUCCUCAGGUUCUAUUUCAGCCUACGUCUCUGAGACUGGUUCUACAGGAGUGGCUUUUACACUUAGAAAAAGCAUUUGCAGUGGAGGAUCUUUCCAGCAUUUCAGAGGCUGUCAACUCACAUGCAAAGACAGACCAGGAUAUGCCUUUGCUUGAUGAAUCUAAAAAAGAAAUUUUAGAAGCAAAUAUUGGACAAGAACAAAAUAGUUGUUCAGAUGGUGAAAAUUCUGUAGGCAAAAUAGCAAAUGAACCAGUAAACUAUCUGAGGGAAACGUCAGAUGACCUUUUUCGAAUACAUGCACCGUAUUCCAUAGAAAACAGUCUUCAGAAGAACCUGGCUGAACUGACAACUCUGUGUCUGGAGUUAAAUGUAUUUAGUUCUAAUGUCACAGGUAUAAACAUGGAUCAAGAUUUACAGCGGACCAUUCCAGGGAUUCCUGCUUGUCAGUUUAUAAAGAAGUACUUUUUUCUGUUGGACUUGGAAAGAGUAAAGCAGUGUGUCAAGAUUAGAUACUCUGACAGUCCCAGGGUUUGGGAUACUUAUGUUGAAGGGCUGAAAGAAAUGGCAUGUUCCAGUCCUGUGCCUCUAGAGAUGGAAGAUGGAGAUAUGUUGACAGUGUUAAAGUUCUUAGAUGACUUGGCCCAUUCAGACAGCCCUCUGUUUAUGGCCCAUGUCAUUAGGCUUUAUGAAAAGUUUGGGGGAAAAGCCCUUAGGUGCUUGGUCAAGUUCUUCCCAUCCAUUAUGCCGUCAGAUGUCAUGCAGCUUUGCCGGAAUCAUCCAGCCCACUUUUUAGUCUAUUUGGACAGUCUUGUGAAAUCAAAGCCUGAAGAUCAGAGAUUGUGCUUCCUUGACUCUCUUCUUCAGCCUGAAUCUUUAAAAUUGGAUUGGCUGCUUUUGGCAGUGACCCAUGACACCCCAGAAAGGACAUGCACCAUGGAUGAUAAGGGACAUCCUAGGUCCCAUUCACAUUUGCUCACCUGGGGUUACAGACACCUGAUUCUGCUUCUGAUUAAGCUUCCAGCUAGUUUUGUAAUCAAAGAAAAGAUGGUUGAUAUUUGUAAGUCUCAUGGCUUCUGGCCUGGCUAUCUUACUCUUUGUUUUGAGCUGGAUAGAAGAAAAGAAGCCUUCACUAAUAUGGUAUAUAUGAAUGAUAUGAGAAUUGUGGGCGCAGAAAACAGUUGGAUCCCAGAGACAGUGGACGAAUGGAAGCUUCUGUUGAAUCUUGCAUCUAGCAGUGCUAAUGAAUCAGCCCCUCAGGAGACACCAGACAGAAACGUCAGUGGUGACGGUUCCUCCAGCCCUCCCCUCAUCACUGUAGAGAAUGUGGCUCUCCUGUUAGCCAAGGCCAUGGGCCCAGAUCGGGCCUGUGCAUUGUUGCAGGAGUGUGGCUCAACACUGGGAUUGUCUGAGAGAUUUACCAGAACCUGCAACAUCCUGAGGAUUGCUGAGAAGAGGCAGAGAGCAUUGAUCCAAAGCAUGCUUGAAAAGUGUGACCGUUUUCUGUGGUCCCAGCAGGCCUAGUAGGAGAGGACCAGGGAGGACAGUCAUGAAGUUUUGUGGGAAAAAACCCAACCAGUGCCUUUGGAAUCCUUGGAUAUACCAUCCUAUAUCCCCUUGUUGGAUGAAAGACGAAGAUGGUCUGAUGGCCUUCACAUAUGCUGUGGAAAUCAUAGUGUUAAUUAAAUCUGACUUUGGAAGGCUGCCUUCGUGCUCAAAUGGAGUUCUGCACUGACUUACUAAGAACAGAGUCUAUGUUACUGUAAGCCUGAGAGAUGCUUACCCAGCUGCCUCUCCAGUCACAUGAGGAGAGAGUUGUACUGACCAGAAUGAGGGCAAAGGCUGUCUGUUUUUAAACAAGGCAACUGUUGUGUGAAAUAUUUCAACUAUAAUGAUUAGUAGACAGAACUAAUUAUGCAGGACACAAAUUGUGUAUUUAAAUUAAAUUACUGAAUUUUAAAAUCAGAUUAAAUAUUUCACUGUGUAUUCUCCAAUAUUUAUUUGACAUCUUACAAUAUAUACUCAGAUACAGCCUCCUGUUUCUCUAUCCAAAAUGCUUUAUUGCUGCGCUUACCUAAAUUGAAUGGUUCCAGACAAUUAUGCCCUUUAAUAUAAUGCUCUUAAUAAAAGCUAGCUGGUACUAUCA